AUGGCGGAGCUCGCGUCAGGCGCCGUGAGCUCGCUGCUGGGCGUCAUCCGCAACGAGGCGCUGCUGCUGGGCCGCGUCCGGCACGACGUGCAGUUCAUCCAGGAGGAGAUGGAGAGCAUGCAGAGCUUCUUGACCCACCUGUCAAAGAAGGCACCCACCGGUGGCGAGCACGACGAGCAGAUUCGCACGUGGAUGAACCAGGUCCGGCUGCUCGCCCAGGACAGCAACAACUGCAUCGAUCUGUAUCUGUACCGCGGCAACCCCGAGAUCCAUCUAGCCAGGGGCGGCCUCCGGCGGUACAUCGCGUGGCUUCCCUGGUUUGUGCACAAGAUGGUGGCGCAGCAUCGUGCGGCUAUUCAGCUGCGUGCGCUCAGGGAACGGGCGCGUGACAUCGGUGAGCGGCGAUUGAGAACCAAGGAAGACUGGGCCAGUUCUGUGCGUCAUGCCAGUCGAUGUUUUGAUGCGUUGAUCAAUCGGUGGCUUGUUUAUCCUGCCGAUAUUGGGGCUACAGGAAAGAUAAAGAGUUGUGUGAUAGGUGAUCUUGUUCAUGAAUUCAUUACCAAGAUCGCUAGAAAGCGGCGCAUUGUGGAAACACGCCUGUCACAUCACUUGGCUCUCCGCUUCUCCAUUUUCAAUGACCUCCGACUCCGUGGCUCGGAUAAAAUAGAUAGAUUCUUCGAAAAGCUCCAUGAAGAAUCAUCUCGAGUAUCCCUGAUCAAGGUGCUAGAUCUCCAAGAUUGCCAGUGCUUUGGACGGAAGAAUCAAAUCUACCUCAGGGACAUAUGCAGCAAGAUGUUACUGCUCAAGUAUCUGAGCCUAAGGGGAACAGAUGUUACCCAGCUGCCGACUGAAAUCAAUAACCUCCGUGAGCUAGAAGUAUUGGAUAUCCGAGAAACAUAUGUGCCUCCAUCUGCAACAGUAAAUGUCUUACUCCUGAAGUUGAAGCGUUUGCUGGCUGGUCGCAUUGUUCCAAGUUCGGGGGUAAGUAGUACUGAACUAUUUAGUGUUGAGAUCCCUGAUAAGGUCGAAAAAAUGGUAAACAUGGAGGUAUUGUCCAAUGUCAAGGCACAGACGAGACAAGAUAUGAAAGAUAUUGGAAAGUUGUGGCAGCUCAGGAAGCUUGGUGUGGUUAUUCAAUACAAGGAGCCACACCUCAGGAAUUUUCUUCGAGCUAUCAGUGAUCUGCAUGAGUGCCUGAAGUCUCUGUCAAUCACUCUUCCCAAUAUAGAGGACAACAAAGAGAUCAGAGAUUGGGUUCUUGAACACUAUAAAAACUCUCCCAAGCUUCUCGAGAGCCUAAGCAUUACUGGAACCACACAAACAGUGCAACUUCUUCGGUUGUUGACCAGAGAUAUUGACCAACUCCAACUUCGCAAGGUAACUCUAUCUGGUACCCGGCUGUAUCAGCCUGAUCUGAAGGUCCUUGGCAAGCUUCCCAAAUUAAUAUGUCUCAGGCUCCGAGAUAACGCAUACAUCGAUAGCAACCUCACCUUCAACAAUGAUGAAUUCGAAAAUCUCAAGUGCUUUCUUAUUGAGGGUUCCAACAUAACUGCCCUCAGCUUUGGAGGUGGAGCACAUAAACUCGAGAAAAUCGUGUUGUGCUCCACCGAUGGACUGUCAAUUUCUGGAGUCGAAGACCUUCUGGAACUGAAGGAUGUUGAGUUGAAGAACAGCAAUAAGUUAUCAUUGUUUGACAAGGCCAAAAACAUAUCCAAGGUGACUCUUUGGCAUACCUCUCUGAGUCAAUAUGAGGUAGAGAUUCUCGCCAAGAUACCUAACAUGCGCAACCUAGUACUCAAGGACAUAUUUUGUGUACAAAGCCAGCUUAUCUUAUACAAAGAUGACUUCCCAAAGCUCAACCUUCUUACAGUCGACUUCUCUGUCACCCCCAAGACUAUCAUUACCGACGGAUCAGCUCCUAAGCUCGAGAAAAUCAUCUGGUCCUUCACAAAGGACACGGUGGGUACUCUCUCCAUCUCCGGCACUGACAUCCUUCCAAACCUGAAGGAGCUCGAGAUCAAUGGUGAUUUUAUCCCUAGGGAGGUGGAAGAAGCAUUGAAGAAACACAAGAACAAACCCAAGUUUACAUACAACAAACCGGAAAACCAAUACCAGGAAGCUGGAAACAUACCAGAAAAGAAAGAUCCUCCAAGAUUCUCAUUUUUGAGGAAGAAAGAGGAUUGAUGCCGGAUGUGCCGUUCCAUCAUCCGUUCAUCAUCAUCGGCUCCCAUCCCGUGGUGUGGUUUGCGUGUGCUCUUUGGUUUGCCGUUGUGUGUUACUGUCUGCCGCGCAUGCGUGAGC